UUCUUUCAAACACUUCGCCUCUUUCGAGUUUUUCUUUGCUUCUCUGCAACUUCCAAAAGCGAACAACGUUUAUUGAUCCAUGUGAGCUGCCGUACUUGACGGUUGGAGGAAGUAGCUUUACUCUAAAAACAGUGGCGUGUAAAACUAAACUCAAAGGCAAUUUUUUGGCCAAAUUGUGACACAUUUUUCCAAAUUACUUCGUAAACCAGGCCGCAGGACUGGAUACUUUGAAUAAGUACUCAGUCCGUCGUUUACUGUCGGGAUAAGUUGUACUUUAUUCGUUGAUUUCCACCACUUUGUGCUAACGUUUUAGCCGGCUAUCGAGUUAGCCGACACAGCUAAAUGUUGCUUCAGCUGGAUGAAAAUUCACAACACUGAGGAAAAGGAGACUCUGAAUGUGUUUUCAGACCGUUGUGAAAGUGGAAAAGUGUCCAUACAUAGAGGACAAUGCCUCGCUUGCAGUCUGGUGUUUGGAAGCAUUUCACUCUGGCUGUUAAAGAAGGUAGGGAAACCUUCAUGUGCAACUACUGCUUAAAGACUUACACCAAAAAUGCCACCAAGAUGCAGAUGCAUUUGGACAAAUGCAAGGAGUACUCCAUGGUUUCACAGCAGUCACCGGGCCCAGAUGGGAGCUCCUCUGCCUCCAUUCCUGUUCCCUCCUUCUCGUUCUUACCAUCUGCCACUCCUGGGGGACAGUUCCUCAUUGAUUCGGUGGAUCAGCGCAGCCAGGCGUACGCUGACGAGUGCCUGGCGAGAGCUGUGUAUGCCACUUCGUCACCCCUCACUCUCACAGACAAUAUUUAUUGGAAACGAUUUUUCAGUGUGCUCCGGCCUGCUUACUGCCCCCCCACCAGAGAGGUUUUGUCCUCUCAUCUCUUGGACUGUGAGUAUGACAGAGUACAAAGCCAGGUUCAUGAGGCCGUAGGAAAAGCAGACUGUGUCACCAUCAUCUGCCGCGGCUGGUCUAACAUAAAAGAAACUGGAGCUAUCAUUUAUUUAGUUGCAACGCCUGUACCCCUGUUCUACAAGCGUACUACGACAGAGGAGCAGACACUCACAAGCACUUUUAUUGCUGAGGAACUGAAAGAUGUAAUAAAUGAAGUGGGACCACAAAAAGUUGUCUCUGUUGUCACUGAUGACGCCCCAGAAAUGAUGGCAGCUUGGGCUCAAGUUGAAGAAGCCUUCCCGCACAUAACCGCCAUCGGCUGCACAUCGUGCGGCGUCCAGCAGCUCUUCGAUGACACAGUUGCAACACCAUCUAUGCAGGCUCUUUGCAGGAGAGCUGAGCAGGUGGUGAGGUAUGUUAGAGAGCGGAAAACAUUAGCAGAGACUUUUAGGUGCUGGCAGAUGACAAGGAUAAGAAACGACACUGCUAACGGGACGACCCUGACACCGCCCAUUAACUCUGAGUGGACUGGUGUGGUUAACAUGUUCAACAGCCUCCUGGAAGGUCAGAACUCUUUACAAGAGAUGGCUGUCUCACCCACACUGGAUAUGGAAGCAUCCAUCAGGGCAACAAUACAGGAUGCAGCUUUUUGGAAAGGCUUAAGCGGCAGUCGAAACCUUCUCUUCCUGAUUGGGAAUUACAUAGAUUACAUGAAAAGAGAUGAUGCUGUGCUCUCUGGUGUUGUGGACAUGUUCAGUCAGUUGAGGUACCACAUCGGAGCUUCGCUGUCUGGGUCUGUGCUGCACAGCGCUGAGCAGAAAGCCGUCGUGGCGUCGUUGGACAGGUGUCAGGAGUUUUGCGUGAAGCCAAUCCAUGCAGCAGCGUACAUGCUGGACCCAAAACACGUUGGACAGCAGACACUCUCUGGGGAGCAGAUAAAUGGCGCUUACUACGUGAUUUCCAACCUGUCCCACCAUCUAAACCUUGAUGAGGGCAAAGUUCUUGGCAGCUUUGCCAGAUUCUCAGCCAAGCAGGGAUUAUGGAAGGGUGCCGGGAUAUGGAGUUCAUGCCAGCACGUGUCCGCGUCCACCUGGUGGAAAGGGCUGUGUUCCUCUGAGCCGCUGUCCGCUGUCGCCUCUGCUAUACUCCAGAUCCCACCCACGACAGGUGGUUGCGAGCGCCUGCAGCCACGCUUUAGCAACACAAAGGUGCAAGGUCCUCUCUCGGCUGACAGGCUGCAAAAACUGGUAGCAGUGCAGGCGAAUCUGAACCUUUUAGAGCCGAGUGAUAGCGAGUACGCUCCGCUGGAGAAUGAGGAAGAGAGGAAAGUGUUGUUUCAAUCUGAGACUCAAUAGCAAGACAAAAUGAGACAUCAUACUUUUUCAGUAUGUGUUUAAAACGAUACAAUAUCAACAUUCAGUAGUAUCGAAAGUACAGAAGCUGUAAAAAAAAAAAAGGCAGAUCUACAAUCAGACUUUAAGUUCGGCAUCAUGUCAGCCUUAAAAGCUAUGAUGAGCAUGGAUUGUGAUUCUUAUUCCUUGUGAGGAAAUAAAAAAGUUAACAAAAUACAGACAGUUUAUUAGAUUAAAUGUAUAUUUCCCAUGACACUUAUGUAGUCAGUCUGAACUUACACUGUGUUCACAUUCCUCUCUUCACUCCAAGGACUGUUGAAAAAAAUGUAAAAAAGGAGUGAAUCUGAUGCCAUCAUAUGUUUUAAUCAUAUAGAAUGUAUACUCAUAUACUACUUUUUUAUUCCAUUUUCAAAUUGUGCGUCAUAACUAAUGACAAUGUGACAUAUUAAGAGACUAACAAGAAAUUGUUUACAUAGUGUAAAUAAAAUCAUUGUAUUUAUUGAAGAUAAA